GAAACCUGACCUUCAUAAGAGAAUCGUUUCCUGGCAUCUCUUUCUACAUGCCGGCCCUGCUUCGAUGUCAACAUGUCUCUCAAAGACUGCAGUCCACAAAGGGGGCACAGUCACAGCUUCCACAGUCUGGCAGUCCUGGCUGAAAACUAUGGGAAAAGGCCUGUUAGGACAUUUUUGGACUUUAGACACACAAACGUGCCUGAAACUCUGGACACCAAGGUCUUUCCCCUGUUUUUAUUCAACUUGAGGUGCAUCUCAAAAGUCAAAGUAGUCAGCCUGCUUAUGGGCUUGACACUGAUGUUCCUCAUUAUGGUUUCAUAUGUCCUGAUGUGGGACAAGAAGGGGCUGUUUGCCUUGCCUCAUCAGUUCAGACCCAUGGAUCGCAGGACGGACAUGACCACGACUGAAGCUUCUAUUGAAAACAGCUUUAUAAACCUGAAACUGUUGAUGAACACGACCAGCUUCAAACAACAGUGCACAUCCAGGAAGAUACCUGAUGAAAAGGACAUUAUAGACACAGAUCCUCAUUUGUUCUCAGUAAUCCCUCGCCACUUCUUACCCAACAUCAAGAGUCCAUGCUGGUAUGAGGAGAUCUCAGGUGAGCUCAGCUCAGACCCAUACAAGAGCAAUCGCUUCAGUCUGCGCUCGAAGAGCUUCAAGAACGUCUGCGACCACAUGCGAGCCGACUUCCCUCGGCACGUAUGGCACAGAGAUGGCAAACGGUUCCGACUGCGCUGCUUACCGUACUUCUACAUCAUUGGCCAACCAAAAUGUGGCACAACAGACUUGUUCCAGAGGCUGCUGAUGCUCCCAGAGGUCAAAUUCAACACAAUAAAGGAGCCGCACUGGUGGACCAGGAAACGGUUUGGGUAUAUCCGUUUCAAACAAGGCUUCCAGGAGCGUUUUCCUAUAGAGGAUUACUUGGAUCUGUUUGACUUGGCAGCUCAAAGGAUCCAAGAAGGAAUCAGUGGAAAUUCAUCUGGAGACCAGUGUGCGCGCCACAUUAUAACAGGUGAAGCCAGUGCUUCCACUAUGUGGGAUAAUCAAGCCUGGAGCUACCUCCAUCCAGACCUGGAGCAGUCAGAGCCUCCAUUCCUGGCUCAGGACUUCAUCCACACAGUCCAGCCUGGAGCCAGAAUCAUCAUCAUCCUCAGAGAUCCAGUGGAAAGGCUUUACUCUGACUACUUGUAUUUUACCAUGGCCAACAAGUCUGCAGAGGAUUUCCAUCAGAAGGUCGUAGAAUCUGUCCAGCUGUUUCAGUCCUGCCUCUCGGAGAGAUCCCUCCGUUCCUGUGUCUACAACACCAGCCUCUUCUACACCAUGCCGGUGAGACUAACUCUGGGAAUGUACUUUGUCUUCUUAGUGGACUGGCUGACAGUCUUCCAUAGAGAGCAGAUUUUAGUUCUUCGACUGGAGGACUACGCAGCCAACCUCAAAAACACCAUCAGGACAGUUUUUGAUUUUCUCAGUGUAGGCCCUUUGUCUGAGCAAGUGGAGGCAGCUCUCAGCAAACGGCCCAUGUCUAACACCCGGCGGGUCCAAGACAAGAACCUCGGUCCGAUGCUUCCAGCCACCAGAAACCUCCUCAGCAGGUUCUAUCUGCCCUUCAACAGUGAACUGUCCAGUGUGUUGAACAACAGCGCCUUUCUAUGGAGUUACAGCAGAAUGGACACUGACAAAUGAACUUUAGAAAACAGGCAAAUCAACAAGCUGGAGCACCUGCACUAAGACAACCUGCUGUCACAAAUCUGUGAUAUUUAUUUGCUUUUAA